GUAGCUAAAUUCAGACGCAAUUUUGCUGUUAUCUUCUCUACGCCUUAUUCGUACAUGGUAAGUAGUACGGUGUAGUAUUAUUAUUGCUAUAUCCAGGGGACGCAAGAAGAGAGAAUUAGCUAUCAAAUUCCUUGCCCAAUUUCUGCUAAUCGUACGCAGUAAGUAGUCUUCAGGUGCUCUGUACUCUCUGCAACCAUGGGCGAUCCGACUAGGCCGCCGCCCGUCACCGGCUACCCUGCCCAUCCACCCAACGGUUACCCCCCUCCUCCCGCCGGCACGGCCUACCCAUAUGCACAGCCCAGCACGGCCUUCACAUAUCCACAGCCCGGUAAUUACUACAUCAACAAUACCGAUGUUUACACGAAUCCGCGCCGCAUCUUCCUCCGACGCGUACUGCUCGUGCUCGUGGCCUGCUUCGUCAUCGCUAUGGUUGUUGGCAUGGUCCUCUGGGUCAUCUUCCGUCCCAAAGUCCCCGAGGUCAGAGUCGAUUCGCUUUCGGUUUCCAAUUUCAACCUCUCUAGCAACUUCCUCUCAGCGAAUUGGGACUUAAAGUUCACGGUUCGAAACCCUACUAAGAGGUUCAGUCUCUACUAUGACGAUAUUUAUGCCUCAGUUUAUUACGGCCACUCGAUGCUGCUUGCUUGGACCAGUGUGGCGCCCUUUUCUCAGGAUUCGUAUAGGGAGACAGCCUCCAAGGCGACAUUUUCUGCCGCAUCAACGUUUGUGGACAAUUGGGUUGUGGAAGGGAUCAACAAGGCGAACCCCACUGUUGAAUUUGAUGUCCUUAUGCUGGCUAGGGUUAGGUUCAAGGCCGGUUCAUGGAGGGCAAGGGGGAGGUAUCUGAGAGCAUAUUGUCGGGAUUUGAAUGUGCGACUUGGAAACCAUACGGCACACAGUUUAUCCUCUGGCAACUUGGUAGGAGGCCCAAAGCAGUGCCAAGUGAGGCUUUCAUGAUGGUUUGAUUGCUCUUUCAGUAACGUUCUGCCGAAGGUUUCUUGCUGAGCCUAAGAGCCUUCUUUCAAUACAUCGCCAUCCUAUAGUGAAAUGUGGGGAUCUGUUUUCAAUGAGUUUUUUUACAUUUAUCCCACUCUUGUGUAGCUGUGGGUGCUUUGACAUAGGUAUGUAUACUAACUAGAUAAUAGGUGCAGCAGUUGAGACUUGAGACACCAAUAGCAGGUGAUGAACUACUAUAUAUUUUUUCUUAAAUACUCAUUUUGACAAGCUGGAGUUUAGAUGUUAAGAAAUUCCUUCCAGCAUCUAUCUUAAAAUGCCAAUGCUUGAAAUUUU